UUGGAGUUGCUAAGAAAUUUACACUGGCAGCCAACCCAAUGAGGAUGUAUCGUCCCACUAUUGCUUUAUCCAAAAAGAGAAGGCCUAUUUACUAUGAACAAAUGUUGAGAAAGAAGGACCCACUCCAAGUGAGACAUUCAGAAGAGGAAUUGAUGAAGAAGAGAUUUGUUAGAAACAGAGAGGAUGCCAAAUUCACUGCUGAAGCUGAAAGAUCCUUCAGAAGACACAAAAUGAAGAACCUUACCUCUGGAGAUAGGUUCAUUGAGGCGAUGUUUAACGAAGAGAUUGAAGAAGCUGAAGAAGAUGACGAAUCAAUGGCUGAUUUCAGGAGAGAAAUGGAGCAAAAUUCUAAGCGUAUACAAGAGAAAUCAAUGCGAAGUUUUGCCAGCAUGACCAGCAUGAUUGAUAAGUCAGAAGAACUUGAAUCAGAAGCUUUACUCUCUCAAGGAAUAGACCCUCUCAAAGACCAUAAGAAGAUUGCUGAGCUGAUGGGUGAAGAUGAUGAGUACUUUGAGAAGCUAGAGAAAACAGGCUGGACCAAGAGAAGUCUUGAACCAGGCACAGACUUCUCAAUGGUCAACCCAAACAUGGCUGAUAUCAAGCCUGAAGAGUAUAAAGCGUCUGUACAUACACCUAGUAUUUUCGAUCUACCUGAAGAUGCGGACAAAAAGAAAAAUCUAGAGUUUUUUGACGAUGCUGAUAUUAAAAAGUUCACAGAACAUGAUGAUCCUAACGACUUUGAUAUUGAAAUACAUGGAGCUAUUAAAUCAAGAUUGCAGCAGAUGAAAAGAAAGGAAGACCAUAAACGGAGCCCAAAAUCAUUCAAAAGGGAUUACUCUGAUGAGGAAAGUGAUAUGGAGGUCCGGCUCUCAAAGCAUCAGAAGGAUCUUGAGAAAUCCAAUCAGUUACAACAGAACUUGAUAGAUAUGGAAAUCACUAAGAAAGACGACACUGAGUUCAAGGAGCUACUUGAGAGGGAAAACAUUAUAGAUCCUGAAAAAGACUUUGAUGAUCCUUCCAAAAGGAUUGUAGGAAGAGAGCACAAGAAAGUGAUCAGUAUCGAUGUCACGUCAAAUUCGGAUAUUGAUGACCCAAUUCUCGGAAAGGUAUACUCUCAGCUAGACUACAUGACGAAGGAAUUCAACCUGACUCCUGCAGAGAGGAAACAAUGGUUCUAUAGAAUCAGGAGGGAAGAAAAAGAGCUAGAUAGGCAGCAGAAGAUUCAAGCGAAGAUAAAUGCGAAAAAGAAGAUUAAAAAGUUAGUCAAAAAGCUUAAAAUACCUCAAAUGAAGCAAUUAGAUAUGAUCGAGGAUUAUUAUGAGCGGCAAGGAGAAGAGAAAAAGGAAAUCCCAAGCCACUUUGAAAGCUACAAGGAACUUGAGUUUUACAAUGAUGAUAUCGACUUCAUGAUGCACCAUAAGAGGACUAAGAAGAACAUGAUCAGUGUCUUGGAAGAUUACAUUGUCAAUUCUAAUAAACAAAGCGUUCAAUUUGGUAUAAAAGAGGGAUACAUCCUUACUUUAUCUGAGGUUAGGCUGAAUAAGGCUUGAUCUCUACUCCACGUAUGGUGGAAAGUCAACAUUAUUGACACCCCACUCCAGCCAAAAACAUAUGGAAUACAAAAUACAAAGUUGUUCACAGGCCAGCUGAAGGAAGACAAAAUCGCCAAAAUUCAAGAGAAGCUGACUAAAGCUAGUGGGUAUUUUAGAGCAAAGAUAUGCCAAGAGCUUGGCUUGAGAUAUGCUCCUGAACUGAGGUUUUACCAUGAUAAUUCAGAUGAAAUGAAAACACAAAUACAGGAAGAGGGAUAUGAGCCAAUUUCAUCAAUGAAAUAUGAUGAGAAUAAUUAUGUUAAGUACUUCAGAGAAUUAGAAAGCUUCAUUAAUCUCUCCAAGCUUGAAGUGGAAGAGUACAUUACCAUAAAUAUUAAUAACGAGAGUGAGGCAGAAACUCUCAGGAAACUUCAUGAAGACAAAGAUAUCCAGAAAGAAUUCAAGAAAAGCAUGAGAGAAAAUAUGAAGAAAAAGCAUGAAACUUUGCAGAAAAUGAGGAGUUCUGGAGAAAAGGAGUCUAACCUGUUCAUCCAUGGUGACGUAAACGACCCCAAUCUCACUCAUCAGGAGAGAAAGCAGUUGAGGCAGCAGAGGAAGGUCUACCAUAAGCAAUUCCAGGUUCUUGGGGAGGAUUGGGACCAGAAAAUGUUUAGUGACAGUCCCAAGUCAAUGGCUGAUCUCAGAGUUGAGUCUGAAAGCAUCCUUGCUAAUAUGGAUCUGACUACACCAAAGAUGAAUCCUGUGAUUGAUCAAGAGACAGGGGAAAAGCUAAGGCCAAGAUCUCAGUACCGUGACAAGCAGGGCAAGAAAGGAAGGUGGAGAAAUAAGAGAAAGAACAGGAACGAGAAGUUCUGGGAUGACAUAAUGGCCAGCUCAAUGUAAAUCCAACUAUCACAAAUUCAAUCUGG